GCGCCCCCAGCCGCGAGCGACCGCCCUCCCCAGAUAGAGAGCCGGGGGUUCGAGGCCCCGAGACUCCGGAGGAGGAGCCGACGCUGGUCCCUGAGCUGAUCCCGCCCCGGCCCUGGAGGGAUUCCCGGGUCCCCUUCCCACGGCCCGUGGACGCUGACGAGGUUGCCCCCGUGCCUGCUGGGGGCUUGGCCGCCGGCUCCGGGACUCCCCGCUGGCCGACUUUCUCGACUUUGCUUUGGGACACCGCUGGUUUGGCUGGCACCCGCAUCCCCUCUUCUCGACCCCUUCCAUCGGAUGUUCUGGAUGACUGAAUGGAGUUUUGAGUUGGACUUCUGUGUCCCCGACGGAGUUGGGCCUGAUCCCAGAGCACUGGGGGUGGGGUGGCGGUGUUCCUGUAAAAUGCAAGUUGGAUAAAGGAGGACCUCUCGCGAAGGGCCCCAAUGAGUGGCUCACAGCCCACUAUCACCGACAGGUUUCCCCUCAAAAAACCUAUAAGGCAUGGAAGUAUUUUGAACCGAGAGUCACCAACAGAUAAGAAGCAGAAAGUUGAGCGCAGUGCAUCACAUGAUUUUGACCCCACAGAUAGCUCCUCCACGAAGACAAAGUCUAGCUCAGAGGGGAGUAGAUCCGAGAUAUAUGGUCUGGUUCAGCGUUGCGUGAUAAUCCAGAAAGAUGACAAUGGAUUUGGGCUGACGGUCAGUGGAGACAAUCCAGUCUUCGUACAGUCUGUCAAAGAAGAUGGAGCAGCCAUGCGGGCCGGAGUACAGACAGGUGAUCGGAUCAUCAAGGUGAAUGGAACUCUGGUGACUCACUCAAACCAUCUGGAGGUGGUGAAGCUAAUCAAAUCUGGUUCCUAUGUAGCUCUCACUGUCCAGGGACGCCCCCCUGGGUCGCCCCAGAUCCCACUUGCCGAUUCGGAAGUAGAAGCGUCAGUCACUGGACCUAUGUCUCCCAUCAUGACAUCCCCUCACUCACCUGGAGCCUCCGGGAACAUGGAGAGAAUCACCAGCCCUGUGCUCAUGGGGGAGGAAAACAAUGUGGUUCACAGCCAGAAGGUAGAAAUUCUGAGAAAAAUGUUACAGAAAGAACAGGAGCGGCUACAGUUACUGCAGGAAGAUUACAACCGAACACCUGCCCAAAGAUUGCUAAAAGAGAUUCAAGAGACCAAGAAGCACAUCCCUCAGCUGCAAGAGCAGUUAUCGAAAGCCACCGGCUCAGCUCAGGACGGAGCUGUUGUCACACCCGGCAGGCCUUUAAGUGACACCCUACCCAGCAGCGAGGCAGAAGCAGAUCCUGGAGAUGGCCUGGGCAGGAGUGACUGCGGCAGUGGAGAUGCCUCGCGGCCCAGCAGUGACAACGCCGACAGUCCCAAGAGCGGCCUGAAAGAGAGGAUUUAUCUAGAGGAGACCUUGGAGAAAACCGACGUGGUGGCGGACCCUGACACGCAGUCACUGGUCGGGAGCCCCUCAGCCCGGACAGCGCCUCAUAUCAUUGGAGCAGAGGACGAUGAUUUUGGCACUGAGCACGAGCAGAUCAACGGGCAGUGCAGCUGUUUCCAGAGCAUCGAGCUGCUCAAGUCUCGCCCCGCUCACCUGGCAGUGUUUGUGCACCACGUGGUCUCGCAGUUCGACCCUGCCACGCUGCACCUGAAAGUUUCUGUUCCUGACGAGAUAUCUGUGGAUCUCGAAAAGAGGAGGCCUGAGCUUAUUCCUGAGGAUCUACAUCGCCACUAUAUCCACACCAUGCAAGAAAGAGUUCACCCAGAAGUUCAGAGGCACUUAGAAGAUUUUCGGCAGAAACGUAGCAUGGGACUGACCCUGGCAGAGACCGAGCUGACCAAGCUCGAUGCAGAGCGGGACAAGGACCGGGUGGCUCUGGACAAGGAGCGGGCGUGUGCAGAGCAGAUCGUGGCCAAAAUCGAAGAGGUGCUGAUGACUGCUCAGGCUGUAGAAGAAGAUAGAAGUUCCACGAUGCAGUAUGUUAUCCUCAUGUACAUGAAGCACCUGGGAGUCAAAGUGAAAGAGCCUCGGAAUUUGGAGCACAAGCGAGGUCGGAUUGGGUUCCUUCCCAAAAUCAAGCAAAGUAUGAAGAAAGACAGAGAAGGCGAAGAAAAAGGGAAACGAAGAGGGUUCCCUAGCAUCCUGGGCCCCCCGAGGAGACCCAGCCGGCAUGACAACAGCGCAAUUGGCAGAGCCAUGGAACUGCAGAAGGCGCGCCACCCUAAGCACCUGUCCACACCCUCGUCUGUGAGUCCGGAGCCUCAGGACUUCGCCAAGUCACGCCAGAGCGGGUUGGUGAAUGAAGGACCAGAUGCUGGGUACCUGCCUGCCAAUCCCAUGUCCUCUGUGGCUUGGUCAAAGCAAGUUGGAGAAGCACCAGCUUCGGGAGACUCCGUAGACGGCCCGCCUCGCACUCCCAAUACCGUCUUCGAUUUCCCAGCGCCUCCCUUAGAGCAAGUGCAGGAGGAGGACUGCGAGGUGGAAAGGAUGACUGAACAUGGGACACCAAAGCCCUUUCGAAAGUUUGACAGCUUAGCUUUCGGAGAAAGUCAAAGUGAGGAUGAACAAUUUGAAAACGACUUGGAGACGGAUCUGCCCAACUGGCAGCAGCUCGUCAGCCGGGAAGUAUUGCUGGGCCUAAAACCUUCUGAGAUCAAAAGGCAGGAAGUGAUUAAUGAACUGUUCUACACCGAAAGAGCGCACGUUCGAACCCUGAAGGUUCUCGAUCAGGUGUUCUACCAGCGAGUAUCCCGAGAGGGAAUCCUGUCACCUUCGGAACUACGGAAGAUAUUUUCAAACUUGGAAGAUAUUCUUCAACUUCAUAUUGGGUUGAAUGAGCAAAUGAAGGCUGUUCGGAAGAGGAAUGAGACCUCUGUUAUUGAACAGAUUGGAGAAGAUUUACUCACCAGGUUCAGUGGACCAGGAGAGGAGAAGCUGAAGCAAGCUGCUGCUACCUUUUGCAGUAACCAACCUUUCGCCCUGGAAAUGAUCAAGACUCGUCAGAAAAAGGACUCCCGAUUCCAGACUUUUGUGCAAGAUGCCGAGAGUAAUCCACUGUGCCGUCGACUUCAGCUGAAAGAUAUCAUCCCCACCCAAAUGCAGAGGCUCACCAAGUACCCACUGCUGUUGGAUAAUAUUGCCAAGUACACAGAAUGGCCAACAGACAGGGAGAAGGUGAAGAGGGCCGCAGAUCACUGUCGUCAGAUCUUAAAUUAUGUAAACCAAGCCGUCAGAGAGGCAGAAAACAAGCAGCGCCUCGAGGACUAUCAGCGUCGCCUCGACACCUCCAAUCUGAAGCUGUCAGAGUGCCCGAAUGUUGAGGAGCUCAGGAAUUUAGAUUUAACAAAAAGGAAGAUGAUCCACGAAGGGCCAUUGGUGUGGAAGGUGAAUAGAGAUAAAUCUAUUGAUCUGUACACACUGCUGCUGGAAGACAUUCUGGUAUUGCUGCAGAAGCAGGAUGAUAGGCUGGUGUUAAGGUGCCACAGUAAGAUUCUGGCAUCGACAGCUGAUAGCAAACACACGUUCAGCCCCGUCAUUAAGCUGAGUACAGUGCUGGUCCGGCAGGUGGCAACAGAUAACAAAGCUUUAUUCGUCAUCUCCAUGUCAGACAAUGGAGCCCAGAUUUAUGAGCUGGUGGCACAGACGGUUUCUGAGAAGACCGUCUGGCAGGACCUCAUCUGCCGCAUGGCCGCGUCAGUGAAGGAGCAGUCCACAAAGCCCAUCCCGUUACCGCCAUCACCGCCAUGCGAAGGAGACAAUGACGAGGAGCAACCUCCGAAAUUAAAAGGGGACCAUCACGGCAUUUCAGUCCCUAGCCUGCAGAGUCCAGACAGAGAGUUGGGGUUAGCCUCUCCCUUGCUGCCAUCGAAACCUCAGUCGCACUCGCUGAGCACCUCUGGGAAAGCAGAAGUGGACGACCUCUUCGUCACUGAGAGCCAGUUUGCGAAGGAGCGGCAUGCAGACGGGACCCUGAAGGAAGCUGGCGUCGGUUACCCGUUCACGGCCCCAGAGCCGCACCUGCCCAUCUCAGAAGAACGGUGGGCACUGGACGCACUGAGGAAUCUGGGUUUGCUGAAGCAGCUGCUGGCCCAGCAGCUGGGCGUCACUGAGAAGCACGCUCAGGAAGACUGGCGGCAUUUCCCUCGAUGCAGGACCGCGUCCCGGGGGGCGCAGGCAGACAGUGGGAUCCGGAAUACGGAAGGUAUUAGGGCCCACCAUCACGCCGAAGGACAACCGCCCUUUAGAACUGGAACUGGUGACAGUGCACCUCGUUACAGUCCACGGACUUCAACCGAAUCUUCUGCUCCACGGGAUUCGGUGGUACUGGCAUCCCCAGAGAGCCAGGCAAGUAGCAUUUUAGUAAUGGACCACAUGAUUCCGACCCCAGAGAUGCCUGCCGCAGAGCCAGAAGGGGGUCUGGAUGAGAGUGGAGAGCACUUUUUUGAUGCCCGUGAAGCACAUAGUGAUGAUAAUCCAUCAGAAGGAUCCUCGACGGCUACGAGGCAGUGCAGGAGAGCUCCACGGACGAGGAGGUGGCGUCCUCACUUCCCCCGCAGCCCGCGACGGGCACCUCCCCAAUGGACUCUACCCACCAGCAGCAGCACUCUCCCCAGAACGCUCAUUCUGAUGGGGCAGCUUCGCCCUUCACCCCAGAAUUCUUGGUCCAGCAGCGCUGGGGAGCCAUAGAGGACACCUGCUUUGAGAUCCAGAGUCCCUCUUGUACAGAUGCACAGAGCCAGAUCAUGGAGUACAUUCAUAAGAUAGAGGCUGACCUCGAACACCUAAAGAAGGUGGAGGAAAGUUACAGCGUUCUUUGCCAAAGGCUGGCUGCAUCGGCCCUCACAGACAAGCACUCAGAUAAAAGUUAGAGCCGCGUGGCCUGGAGGUGACUGCAGGUUGUUGGAUUUCGAGCACCCGCCUUGUAUCGCCACGUCCUGGCUCCAGCGUGGACGCAGAGACAGAGUGCCAGGGCCUGCCUGUGGAGCCCCUGGGUCAGCGCGUCCCAGGUGCCCAGAGCGGGACCAGUUCUUCACAGUCGGGCAGCUGCACUGGUCUGUCAGUGAGGGGACGUCCAUUCUCUCGCUCUCCUCUCCCCGCGAUGGGAAAUGCAUUCGUUCAGAACAAAAACCAAAUGUAUAGAGCUUUGGGUGUAGGAUAUGAAAUUGUACUUAGACUUAAGAAAAAGAGAAAAUCAGAUGUAUUUAUUUGACUUCAUUCCGUAUUUGAAAGCACAUUUUAAUUUUUAUUUUGCCUGUUCUGUUUCAAUUGAGUAGUGAGAGUUUUAGCCCUACGUAUUUAGUACACCCAAGGAUCCAUUGCUCCUGAAGCAGAGGUCAGGAUAUGGGGUAUUAAGAGGCUGGGUAGAGGUGAAAAGGGGAAGUGAGACGGGGGUGGGGAGGAACAUCUCGCCUUCACUGGACUGCACUUCCCGCCCUCUGCUGUCCAGAGGGGCACCUCCCUGCCGAGACUUGCGCUGUGCCCUGCCCAGGUGGCCGGAGCUGAGCAGGCCCCCUCCCACCCUCAGGCAAGCACCUCUUCUGCGUAGCUGGGAUCAAUCCCCUGAUUAACAGGAACCCUCAAUGUACUGAGUAGCAGGCACUUGAAAAUGGGUGUGUUUUCUUCUAUUGCUAUCUUUUCUAUUGAGGGUUGGGAUUUGGGAGGGAGAGGAAAGCAAAUUUUAUUUUCUUGACUAUAAAUUUGUUAUUCUUGGUAUUGUUUCAUUUUUAUAAUUAUACAUUAGACUUUGGCACUUGUGUAACAUUAUCCCUGCAGAUGGCGCAGGAAGAACAGCAAAUGGAAUCGCUUCAGCUGGUGGCACGGGUUGGGGCUGCUGAGGGAGGCCGGGGCGGGUGGCCCAGAGUCGGGGUGGGUGGUCUCACUGAAUCACUACUGAGUUGAACCAUGGCUGUUAUUAGCCACGGGUACUGCUGAUGAUAAGGCCAGUAAAAUGUUAGUACCUGGAGGUUUGACUCUCAUUUUGCACUGAUGGUGCCAAAGGGCUCUUGGAGUCAAAAGGAGAGCCACGGUGGAGCAGAGGACGCUGUGGCGGAGGAGGCAGAGCUGGACACAGCGGCUGCAGAAGCACUUCCUGUCCCCUCCCUGCUGCAGCUCUCCCCACGCGGGGCCGUGACUGGCCUUAAACAUGGCAGACCAGACGUACACUGGAUACUGCGGGCGAGGCGUCGGGCCGCCCGCGCUCGGGCUUGGCAGUGGGGGCAGCACCCUGUGGAGGCCCGGGGUUCCAAGCCAGGGCUCAUCCGCGCCCUCCAUCACGUUGGCUUUCCGUGGUUUUCUAUGUGCAUUAGGUGUGUGUGUUUUGGAGUACUUUCGCCAACUAAAAUGAAAUCAUUUGUCAAAUCUGUAAAUUCUGUUAAUAAGCAAGGAGUUCAGCCACCGCUUGGAUCUUUGUAGUCGGAAGGGAGCAUGAUUACUCCCUGCAGUUAUGGUCCAAAAAACUGUUUCUCUUAAAUAUUUUUCUCACCAUAAACGGUAAGGAUCCCCAGCUACUUCUGUAAACACCACUGCAACUUAACAAGCUCAUUUCUUGAUGUCCAGGUUCCUCUUUCUGUCUUUUCAAAAUGGACCUGUCUUUAGGUAGAUCGACUUGGAAGUUUGGACCUCUUCUAUGAAUUGGAAUUAUAUUUUGAGUCCUAAGCCAAGUAUACUUUAACUCUGCAUGGGAUUAAACACUUUAAAAGCAGAAGCUAAUAUAUAAGUGAAGCUUGGAACUUGGAACUUUCUGUAUCUCUUAGGAGAAGUAAGUAGAAACCAAAUGGUUACAUUGCGCUGCUGGAAAUAAUGUCACUCCCAAUGGAGGGUCACACCUGUAGCCACUUGACACUAACACCCCUGGGGGCAGUUAAUCUGGAGAAAGAUAAACAGAACGUCCAUCUGGACAGCAGACACUACAGGGUAGUAGUUCUCAGGCCUCCAGUCUGACUCGCAGGUUAGAGCAGGAGUUAGGCUGGGCCUCUCCCAGCAGGGCCAGGAGCUUACCCUUGGCCACCCCUUGUCUCAGCUUCUCUGCAGGGUGAUCCCUCCCUGGAACUGUUACAGGGCCCACUGCAAAGCGCUCUGCCCACAGCUCUAGCUCCUCCAGCUAAAUUCCUCUCCAGAUUUCAGACGAAGCCCCAGGACGAAGUCUUUCUGAAAAGAUCCCUGGUUGGAAGUGUGCUUGUCCUCUCCCCCGCCCGCGGUCCCCUCCCCUCCCAGCCUGGCCUCCGAGCCUUCCGUGUCAUUUUGGCCGUCAUCCCCCUAGCCAUUUGAGACUCAUAUUUUAUCAUCCUUUCUGGGCGAUGGAAUUCCACGUUCAGCCAGUCUCUGAGUGAGGCUGGUGACGCCCAAGUCGCACGACUCAAAGUGGAAAUCUGUUUGCACACCAGAGGGCUCAGGGUGUCUGGCCAGGCAGCAUCUCCAGAGCAAGGAAGCCGGUCUGUCCACGCCACCAGGACCGGCCGUGACACCGUACUCUCUCCUGGGGGCUAAUGGCUCCUUUGCUAUUAAGUGGCAAAUUACCUUUAGAGUGUCUCCUUCGUCUUCAGAGAACAGAGUUAUCAAGGCAAAUUAGCAAGCCCCAAAGUGCUGUAAUGACCACGGUGACUGCCACCCUAGAAGCCAUGUAUUCUGCGUACUUUCAGACCCACUGCCUUGGAUUACUUGUUCCAUUGGCUUGUAGACCCUAAAUAUACCUAUUUAUUAUAUUACCCGGAAGGUCUGUCUCAUAGGCUUUUUGGCUUUCUUUUCCCCCAAACAACUGUUUGCCACUGUUAGAAAGGAUGUUUAAAUUUUUCUUUUGUUUGUCUUUAGGGGGAGAGGAAGGAACUACUAUGAUGGUAGAGGAGAAAAGUCCUUUUUUCCUCUCUUAUUUUUAGAAGCCAGAGGAAAUCCGGCUCCCUGUUGUCUUUCCCUCGCAUCUUUUUUUUUCUCUUUGAUGUCGGUUGGUUUCGUAUAGUGCGUGGGGUCUCCAUAUUUCAACCUGGACGCGCUUUUCCCUGAAGUCAGUGUGUGACGUUAUCUGGAGCUGUCAGAGCUCGGGUCAGUAUUUCCUUCCCUGUCUGUCACAGAGGGCGCCACUGAGAACGGUGUGCAGAGGACCUCAGAGUACCCAGGAGCAGGGGCUACGGUCACCCUCCUGCUGGCUGCUUUUCCUCCUGGUAUUACUUGCGUUUUGUAAGUCAAGUUUUUUUCCCAACCAUUCUACACUUUUUGAAAGUGAUGGGCACCUUUGUUCUUUCUUAAGAAAAGAGAUCCUGUUGCCUCCUUUCUUAGGCCUUGUCCCUGGUUCUGAGGGUUUUGAUAAUACGUUGGUAGGAACAAUAAAACGUACCUCCUAGAAGGAAGCCCUCCCUGCCGUUUCCAGGUGCCAACCGCCAAGCAGACGUCCUGCAAACCUGGUCACUGUAACGUGCACACUGUCGGUUAUUUUUAAUAAGCCUCUUCCUACUAGAACAUUUUAUUUUCCUCGUUCACCAUACAAUCAUGUACUCUUUAACAGAAAUUGCUUUUAAAAAAAAAUCUGGAACUAUCUUUAAAAAGACUUUAUUAAUAAUCAUGUAUUUUUACUGAUCACAUUUUGAAAUGCCUAAAAGACUUUAUUGUUCUAAUUAUCCAGAUGUACCUUUGUAAAAUAGCUCUUUUAUGAAUUAGCUGAUAAGGCUGUAUGUUUCUGGAACAAAAUAUUGGUCAUCUAAAAACUUUCUGUUUUCUGGGGCCUGGGAAAAUAGAAAAUAAGAGUUCAAAUAUUAAAUAAGCUUAAAGGAGCAA